UUUAUUUUGCUUAAUAGUUUCACUUAUGCCUAAUUGCAUCUCACCUGUAUCUGAUGAAUUAGCCAGCAGGCUUUUAAAAAGAAGGGAUCAGCAUGCUGCAUGGUGAGGAGGAAAAGCCAGAGGAAUGGUGUCUUGCAGGGUGUGAACAGGCCAGCCUAACAGGACAGCGUCUGGCACUUCUUGCAAGUGAAGGGAAUAACUUUAGCUGCAUUAUUUUUUCGUCAUUGAUCAGAUCCACAGAAACUGCUGAUAUCAUCAGUCAGAAUUUACCAGGGCACUACAACUCCCACCGGAAGCUUGGCUCCGACUGCCUCUCUAUCAUGGUAGUAUUACAAAGCUGGUGAUAAAACCUGAUGAUGAUGAUGAGUCACUGAAGAUGCUUGGUGAUGCUGGCUUUAUGCCCCCGGGGAAACUCACGGGAGCUUAGAUGUCUGGAUGUCCUCCUAGAGACACACAAGUUACCAUGACUCCCUUACCUUUCUGUUUAAUAGACACUCUCCAGUUGAAGCAGUCUUUCAAUGCAUAUAUUGCACACAGCAUGGGUGGACCAAAUGAUAGUAUAAUUUUUUCUCAUCCCUGAACUAAGAUGAAGGUUCUAGUUUCUGAAUAUGCAGCACCAUGUUCUGAGUUACAAUGCCUUGUGUUCACCAAAUGGCUUUACAACUCAAGCUUGGCACCUCCUAUUGCUCACCUGUACGACAUUGCAGACCCUGUAGCUAUAGCUUGUCUGCCUAGUCCAGGGGUAGGCAACCUUCGGCUCUACAGAUGUUUUGGACUACAUCUCCCAUAAUGCUUUUACAGCCAUAUUGCUGGCAAAGCAUCAAGGGAGAUGUAGUCCACAACAUCUGUAGAGCCGAAGGUUGCCUACCCCUGGCCUAGUCCAAAUGGCUUCUUGCAAAACAAAGUACAGUUGAAAGAAGUUACCUGGCUUGGUUAGUGUAAAUACUGUAUCUUAAAUAUAAGGGGCAGUUAUAAUAAAACAAUGUAACAACCCAUUUGUAUGCAUGUUGACAGGACUGCUUAAUUAAAAGCAAAUAAAGUGACUUCCUACUUAUU